CAUAUAUAUAAAGCAAUCAACGAAACGAUACGCUUAGCUUGGCCGCUCGUGAACAGAGAGAGUUCAUCUUCUAGGGUUUCCAGCUCCUCCUAAGCCCCAACCAAAAUGACUAAGAGAACCAAGAAGGCCGGUAUCGUUGGGAAGUAUGGGACCCGAUAUGGUGCUAGUUUGAGGAAGCAGAUUAAGAAGAUGGAAGUCAGCCAGCACAGCAAAUACUUCUGCGAGUUUUGCGGGAAGUUUGCAGUGAAGAGAAAGGCUGUGGGCAUCUGGGGUUGCAAGGAUUGUGGAAAAGUGAAAGCGGGAGGUGCUUACACAUUGAAUACUGCAAGUGCUGUGACUGUUAGGAGUACCAUCAGAAGGCUGAGGGACGCGACUGAGAGUUAAACUGCAUUUUCUUGUUUGUCUUAAAUUUUGACAUUAUCGUUCUCAAUGUAGUUUUUGUUAAAGGAUGUUAAACUGAGUUGGGAGUAUCUUAUUUUCAUAUUUUGUCAGAUUUCCUGAUGCAGACCUAGCAGAUUCAUCUGGUUUUGCUGUUUAUUAUUAAUUUUUACUUUAAAGGCUGCAGCUUUGUUUCUCUUC